CUAUGAUUUAACAUAGGAGAUUACCCUCCUUAUACACCUCCAUGAUUAAUAACAAAUAAUAUGGCAGUUGGGUGUUCAAUACUUCCUUGUCAUCACAAUAAAGUGAAUGGUCAUUGCCCAACAGACACUUUUUAUAUUUUUCCGAGAGAUAAGAAGACACGUAUUCAAUGGGUAAAGAUUUCUGGUAGCCUUGAUUUGUCAAAAGUUCCAUUGGAUGAUAUAAAAAAAAAUAAAUAUAUAUGUGCCUGUCACUUCAAAGAUGAUGACUUUGAAAUCAAUAAAAAUGGUAAAAAAAAAACUAAAAUUAACAGCAGUACCAUCAAUAGAAAUAAAUGUUAAACCUCUUUCUGAUGAUCAUAUGGAAAAAUUGAAGAUUUUCAAUGAUAGUGUUGUACGAAUUAAAAAAAAUGUGAGACAACUUGAUAAACAAGUUUCUGGUAAUAAAAACCCUGUGUGUUUAAAAAAUGAUGUUUUAUCUGUUCGACCAAGUGCUGGAUCUGAGCAUAUUUUACGGAGUAAUAAGUAUAAUAAUAUACAAAAAGUUGAUGAAGUUUUUCUUGACGAUCAAUCAAUUAUAACUGUUGAAAAUAAAAAUGCUCCAUCUGUUAUGGAAGGAAAACAAGAUUUGCUAUCUGAAACUCGUGCUGGACCAUUAUGUUGUAAAGAAAUAAAUAAUCAAUCAAUGAUUAUUGAUGAAGAAAAUUUUGAUGACGAAAAUACAGUUAUUAAAAAUAUCAGCAAUCCAUUUGUUAUGGAAGGAAAACAAGAUUUGCCAUCUGAAACUGGUGCUGGACCAUUAUGUUGUAAAGAAAUAAAUAAUCAAUCAAUGAUUAUUGAUAAAGAAAAUAAUAAUGACGAAAAUACAGUUAUUAAAGAUAUAAGCAAUCCAUUUGUUAUUAUGGGAGAAAAACAAGAUUUGUCACCUAAGAUUGACAAAGUAACUAGUCAAGGGUUAUCAUCUCAAAGCAGUCACAGAAGGCAUUCUUUUCCUGAAAUUAAUAAUGACAAACCAACUGUAUCUCAUAUUACAUCCUCCACAAAAAGCUGUUUCCUUCAAAAUUUUAAAUCCAAAAAUUUUACCAAGCAACCAAACUUGGUUAAUGCUGAGCUGCGAAUAACAUAUCCCUGUUGUGCAUAAACAAAAGCCUGGGACUUAAAAGUUAAGUACUGAGAGGGUAAAGUAAAAUAAUAAUUUAAAAAAAAAUAUUAGGCAGCAUAAAAGCAUACUUAUUAAUUUAUAGCAAUUUUUUUUC